AUGAAAGAUCCUGAAUUGAAAAGCAUAGAAAGUCCCAAAUUAGAAAGUAUAAUAAGUUUCAAAUUAGAAGAUAUGAAAGGUUCUGAUUUAGAAGACAUAGAAUAUUUCAUAUUAGAAAGCAUUAAAGGUUCUGAAUUUAGUGAUAAUGAAUUAGAAAAUGUUUCAAAGUCAAAUCAAAGAAAUGUUCCAGAGCCAAAGCAAAAAAACAUUCAAAGGAAUGUUCCAGGGCCAAAGCAAAAAAACAUUCAAAGAAAUGUUUUAGAAUCAAAGCAAAGAAAUUUUCAAGGAAAUAUUCUUGGAUUAGAACAAAGAAAUGCUCCUAAUUUAAGUCCAGAAAAUGAUUUGAAUCAAUAA